AUUUUAUUCUUAAUUGAUACUUUUACUAACUAUAUUUUAGUUAAAAAAAUUCAUAUAUUAGUCAAAUGGUAUAUUCUGCUAUUCCAGAGUGAUAUUUUAUUUAAUUUUUUCAAUAUAUAUCUUAAUGCAAUCAUUAUUUAAUAAUGCAUGACUAAAAAUAAAGAGUUAUAAGUACAACUUUGUAAAUAUAAUCAAUUUACUCUAAUUUUCUAGGAAAACAUCUUUUAAAAUUGUUAUUAUUCACGAUUAAUCAAUAGUUGAUGUUAUUGUAGGAAAAUUAACAAGAAAACACAAACAAUACAUUAAGAUAUUAAAACAGUUACUUUUGAGGUACUUGUAUGGACAUAUCUUAUUAGCCACUAUGAAACAAUCUCAUAAAAUUUGCUCUUAAUAGAAAAAAAUAACAUAAUCCGCAAAUUAUAUUUUUUCGUCCCAAUCAAUUUGCCAUUUUUUAUUUUAGCAUGCCAAUAUAAUUCGCACCAUUUCAUUCCAAUAUUUUUACCGUCAAUAUUAUCUCUUAAUAGUAACAAUUUAUCUAACUUGUUAUUUUCGGCAAAAUGAAGAAAACAAAAGUACACUCCCAAGCGGCGACGUUAUGUCAUCCCACAAAUCGUCGGUUCAAAACAAAACCCAAAGCUUAUACUUUGAAAUCUGGCGUUGGUUACCUUUCACUAACCCAAAAACAUUACUCGGACGUAAUAGAGAGGGCCGAUUGGGAAUAAAGUUGGAUUAGCAAAGCUACCUUUUUUGUUGCGGUUGACGUCGUCGUCUUUUAUUUUCCCUAGUUCUCUUUAUAUUUGUAGAAUAACACCAGAAUUCCUAUCCAAUUUCAUGUACAACAACUUGUAGCAAUCUGCAAUUCAACCAUCAAUCUCUCAUCUCUUUCUCCUUUCACCCAUUAGCUGUACUGCGGAUACCUAAUGACUAAUGCCACUGAAACUGCAAUCUCAUACAACAACCCACUUGGGAAGCUUCCCGAUCAUUUGCUAAUUGAGAUAUUUAUUCGUGUCCCUGUGACCGACUGGACUAACAUAUCGUGCGUGAAGAAGCAAUGGGCACAUUUGUUUGAAGGAGAGUAUAUGUGGCAAGCUGCUCUUGUUAAGACGUAUCCUUUUGCGAGUCUUGCUAAAAAGUGGCCAGGACCAAUUCCUCAAGGUCUGAGUAAAAGGAGAUUCACAGCUUUGUAUAUCAGUACACACAUCUUUUCCCUAGAAGAUGAGAUGGAUGAGAUUGUGGGUCAUACAUAUCUCUUUCUGAAGGAACAACUUGAAAUUUCAAUCAUGCCAGCCCCUUCUACAAUACUCCAUGGGACAAUUAUAGAUCAGUUCAUAGCAUGUGGGAAAUCAAGAGAACGGGCUCAUGAACUUGCUUCUUUAAUCUGGCUCGCUGUUAUCGACAAUCUAGAGGAAAAUGAGAGAACAUUCCAUUUACUGAAGCGGUUGGCUCUGGAAGGAAAUGUAUUUCUUCCAUUUCCGUAUUCGAGAUCAAACAAAGUGUUGUGGAGGAUAUUCGAAAAGCUAUUCACAGAUUUUCGUGAUUGCUUGAGUCAUGUCAACUACUAUGACCUCUUGGCGAGUGCUAAGUCCAGAUUUCAGCCGAUACCAUCUACUUGGUUGGGUUACUAAUCCCUCUUUAAUCGUUCAAAAUGACUCUUCCGCCAAGGCUCAGACUUGCACGCUUCCUUGUUCUACCCCUCCCAUGCUCGAGUAUUUGACGGAAAGAAUUAUGAAGGUGCACCUGUACGCUCGGGUUGAAGAAAGCCUUCCUAGUCUCUGCUUUGUAGUGUUAAUAUGUAGAUGUGAUUGCAACUACUGCAUUCUGCGCCUUCAAGUGGCUUUACAAUAGGAAGUGUUGUGUUGCUUAUAUUACAUUUAGAAACUGUAUAUGUACUUGAAUUAAUUUAAUUUUGGAAAAAUUGCCCUGAAUAAUACGAACUUUCACUGAUUUUUCUAUAAUAAUACGAACUUUCAAUUAACCA